AUUUUCACUUUUUCUUCGAUCGUUCACGAAGAAAGUCAGAACGUAUGUUCACGUCUUGCGUGAGGUGAUCAUUUUUAAACCAGGUUAAAAGCAUUUCAAAUUUAGUAAUUUAAGUGAACAAAAAGAAUAUCAUUGAGCCAGCAAGAUGUCUAAAAUCUACAAUGGAUUAAUCAAUGCCACUGAUCCGCUAGUUCCUAAAUCAUUGAGGCCACUAUGGAACCACGCAGCAGGACCAAAAACAAUUUUCUUCUGGGCACCGGUAUUCAAAUGGGGAUUGGUGAUUGCGGGUUUGUCUGAUCUCCGACGCCCUGCCGAUCAGCUAAGCGUUAGCCAAUCCGCUUCCCUGGCUGCCACUGGUUUGAUUUGGUCGCGAUACUCGCUUGUGAUCAUUCCGAAAAACUACGGCCUAUUUUCGGUCAACCUGUUCGUCGCCUUCACGCAACUGGCCCAGCUGUACCGAGCGUGGGACUAUGCAAGAACUCACCCAGCGCUGCCGGAGGAGCCCGCUAAAAAGGAUUGAUUUUUACGACACGAUACCAAGCCUAACCAACUAUAACAGAAAACAAAACAUUUUUUGAAACGCACACGGGUAGCGAAUUGUAUUUUGUAUCGAAUAUUUUCAUGUUUAUUUGUUGUCAACAUAUUAGAAGAUGUCCGUACUAAUAAAGCCAUAACUUGAGCUAAAAGGUGGAAACAGUAGUAAAAUAUUUAUAACAUUCUUGUAAUAGGCAUUGAACGGUUAUUAGUAAAGUUGCACUUGAAUAUUAUUAUAACAA